UAUGAUUGGCUAACGCUGCACGCCAGAGAAAAUCAGUGAAGUAUGAAAAUUCGGUGUUGCCUAGCUAGGGAUGAGUGCUUGCCUGUCGGUUAGAAGAUUGUGGUUUCAGUGUAAAAUAUUAAUAGGAUAUGUGGGCGGACGUAUAGGCCAAUUUUAUUCUCGAAGAACCGAAUUGUCCAGUAUUUCAGAACCGACGGUCAACACAUUUUGCUAAUGCCCCUGUCAAUGUCUGAUGCGCACUCUGGAGAAACAAACCAAGCUCCGUUCGUACCAUAUGUUUGUAGCCUACUCUGUAAUCGGUUACGCGUGUUUAGUCUGCGAAAGGAGCUAUUUAAUCCAAAGAAAUAUUUUACAUUGUUUGUAACUGCUCUAUUCUUGAGGAGUGUUUAAUUUUAUUUAUCACAAAAUUCCAAGAAUGGUUCUUAUUAUAGACACAACUGAAGAGAGUACCUGUAAUGUAGCCUACAUUAUUGGGCGCAUUGGACGUUGCUCCACGUGAGAUAAUCGUCCGCUGCGACCAAAUCUAUUGUUGACUAUAAGUGAGUUUUUUUUUUUGGGGGGGGACCGAGCGUUGCCUAAAAUUGUCCACACAAAUCGACGACAAACGUUUAUUUUGCGUGUGCAAACCAUAGACAGUACCAUAGAAGGUGCAAACAUAACCUGGGGCGGAAUGCUAGGACAGUCUCACCACCUUAUCGGGGGGAUCCUGUGGAUUCAAAAUCCGAUGAGAGCUGUCCACUGCAACCUGAGUCAGAAUGGUUUAGAUCACCAGGUGUGCCCAGAGGAUGUGACAUCACCCUUGGAUGAACUGCCAAUCGGUCAUGGAGUGGCCAUCGAUGACGAUAGCCCCACCUACCUGGACCAGAGGGAUCCCAUCUACCAGCAGGCCUCAGACUCGCAGGCCACGCAGCCGGGGAACUUGAAGCUGAGCAAGCCGGUCGCCCUGUGGACGCAGCAGGACGUAUGCAAGUGGCUGAAGAAACACUGUCCCAACCAGUACCAGAUCUACAGCGACUCCUUCAAGCAGCAUGACAUCACAGGCCGAGCUCUGAUGAGGCUGACGGACAGGAAGCUGGAGCGGAUGGGCAUCAUGCAGGAGAGCCAGCGGCAGCACGUCCUGCAGCAGGUCCUGCAGCUGAGAGUGCGGGAGGAGGUGCGCAACCUGCAGCUGCUGACGCAAGCUGUCGGUUCUCAGGGGCUUCAGAUAAAGGAAGGAAGGGACUUAAAAGCAAACUAAACCCCCCAUGGUGCCUCCUUCUGGCUGAAAAAGUGUUGAGAAAAACAAAAGUUUGACACCGUGGAGAAAGACUGCAAUCAGUGAGAUGGAGGAGAUGGCAAGACCCCAAUUGCUCACUUUCAAGAUAUUUACUGCCCUGAUCCUCUUUUUGUCCCCCCUCCCCCACACACACACACACACAGCUCCAAAUACAGAACUGGAAUCGGUACAAAUGAUUGGAGUAAAAAACAAUAAAAUGGCACGGUCGUGUUAAAUAUACUUACUCUACAUCUUAAGGUGUGUGAAUGUGUUCUUUCUGUAGCACAAAACAUUUGGUUGUUUAUUCAUCUAAACAUAGGCAGGGAAAAGACAAACUAAACAAUGAGACUGUUCAUGGCGCCUUGUGUUAGAAACAAUUUUUUUUUAAAUCUCUGCAUUAACUGUAGAUGAAGCUGUUCUGAUUUAUUGUGAUACCAUUAAAGGGCAAAGUACAAUAUGCUUUUUUGUACUUGGUGGUGGUGACUCAGUGAUGUCUAAAAUGAGUGGUGAUUAUUUCUCUAUAAUUAUUUUUAAUUUCCUUUGCAAGGCCAUGGCAUAGCUUCAGGGGGAUGACUCCUUUGUUUCGUGUUGGGGGGUUGCUACACCAUUUUGGGCUUCGUUUUGAAACAACUGACCGGCUUGCUGUGCAUGAUGCCUUGCUUAUUUGGUUGGAAUUCAGUGCAGGUUUUAAGAUGGUUUAAAUAGGUCAUAUAGUAUGAAUGUCACAGAAGCUGAAAAUGUGUGGGGAUGUAGAUAGCGACAGAAUAGAAAGUUUCUUAACUCUACAGCGAUAAUCCAUCAAACUAAAAGACGAGCUUGCAAUCAAAUCCAUUAUAAAGUCAUCAACAAUGCUUUCAGCAAUCAGAAAACAAAACACAAGAUGCCUAAACCAAUUGACGAGACAUUUAAGAAGCAAUAUAAGAGAAACAUCAACCCUGUACCAUUUAAAAAUGCAUACAUAAUUUAGCAUGUAUCUGUAACCCUGCAUCAGACAUUGAAAGCCAAUUUUUUGGGACAUGGCAAAUAUUUGUUGAAUGAAUGAAUGAAUGCCUCUAAAAGCAAGGGGCGCUGCUGUUGUGCCUAUAAGCUGUUAUCUCCACUUAUUGUGCUUUUGCUUGAUUAAAUACCCAGUUGUGUAAAAGAAUAAUGUUUAUCAUUUCAGAUUAGUCACAGCCAGAUAUGCAGCCAGAUAGUGAAAUCACAUAGAUCAGAUCUCCAUUAUCAUCAUGAGUUCUCCAAAAAAAUGAUUAUAAUCUCAGCACUGACCUUCAACAAAUGACUCCCUCAUGAAGCACUAAUCGCUGUAUUAUCGCUUAUUAUCUUGUGCAUUUUUUUAAGUAAAUUUUUACUUUGUGUAUUUCCUUGGGAUUUUCUUGUGCUGAACCUGCUAUUUUUAUCCAUUUUUAGUGCUUGUGCUGAGUGAGUGUUACUGUAAGUGUUAGUUCUGUUUUUUUGAGGGUGCUGACGCAUGGUACAGCAUUAUUUUAAUGGUCUUACCAGUAUACCAUAAAAAGGUGCUUUUUAUCACAGAUCCUGACAUGACUGGAAUGCUCAACAGCCAUUAUGAAACUGGUAGAUUUAUUGAUUACUUUGUUACCUCAUCUACAGUACAUGCAGAAACAGUUUUAUAUAGUAGCAGUAGUGAUUUAAGUAAAUGUCUCAUAACAAAAUUAAUGAACAGUAUAUAUAGAGUGAUCUCCAUAAUGUUUGGGACAAAGACAUUUUUUUGUUGGUUUUGCUCUGUUCUCCACAAUUUUAGAUUUGUAAUGAAACGUUGACAUGUGGUUGAAGUAAAGAUUCUCAGCUUUUAAAUUAUGGGUAUUUUUAUGCAUUUGGUUUUACCAUGUAAAAAUGGAACUCGGUUUGUGUGUGUGUGUGUGUGUGUGGGGGGGGGGGGGGGCACAAAAAAACUAUGUUUUAAGUGAAAUGUUUGCAUUUGCCAAAAGCCUCAAAAGACAGGAAAUGAAAUUUAUCGGCCCUCAUGCUAACAUCAGCCUGCUCUCCAUCAAGGUGUAUCAGCACAGAUCUUUGACGACUCCUAUGACCCUGAAAAUGUCUAAUGUACUUCAGACAACAUUUACUUUCCACUGGGCAGAUUGCUUAAGAUUCAAACCUUCUCUCAAAGAGCCUUAUUCAUACUCUUAGGGUAAGCUCUGCACAGCAUAUUGUCAAUUUUGGAUAUUAAAGCCAGAGGCAAUAUACUUACAAAUUUUGCACUUUUAUAAAGUGUGCUUCAUUUCCAUCAUUCCCAUGUGUCCUAUUUGGGACCACAUAUAUUGUAUUUGCCUUCACUGGAACUAAGGGGCCUAGCCCAAACCAAACCCCAUGAAAAACAGCCCCAGUGUACAGAUAUCUUUGGUUAUAUAGUAUUCAAGUCUGACUGUGUUCAGUCAGCUGAUUCUAUCAAUUAAAUUUGGUUAAUUGGUUGAUCAAGCAACUAAGGGAGCAAUUGCUUUUCCAGAAGGGUGAUAUGGGCAAUUUGUGUUUUUUCAUUCAAUGAAAUAUUUUUUUUAAAUGUGUUUUAUUUACUCUUUCCCUUUUUUCCCCUAAUAUUAUAUUUUGUAUAAAGAUUUUAAACCGUUCAGUGUGACACAUGCAAUAAUAGAGGAAAUCAGGAAGGGGGCAAACACCUUUUCAUGGCACUAUAAAUACAUAGCUGCAGUGAAGGAUACCUGGUAAAUGGCAUGUCUGUGUAGACUGGAAUUCGCCGAAAUAGCUGUAAAGAUAAAAGUGCUUUUUGCUCAUACCCUUCUCAACCUGAGCAAUCUGUACCAGCGCCCAGAAGGGAGCAUCUGAAACGAACCAAAGAGGGGACAACAUUGUUCCUUUAAAAAAAGAGCUGGCUAUACAGGGAAUAUUUCUCUCAUACAACUCUAAAAGUCUCCACCCGUCGGCCCCAGUGAUUUCAGAAUGCAUCUUUUUGUGCAGCUGAGAGCAGCACUCGAGGUUCAGGUUGAAUUGAAAUAGAUUCAAUAAAAUACAUUUAAAAACGUGUUAAAACUAAGUAGUCAACAUCAAGCCUAUUUAAUUUCUUCAACAUAAGCAUAUGUUGCUGCAGCUUUGAAUAGAUUGCAUUGGUGUUUUUUUUUUCUUGCAUAGCGGUUUAUCAUCAAUUAUUUGUCCCAAGAUACCUGUAUGUGUUAUUGUAUAUUUCAUUAAAAGGGAAUGUGAAAGAGUCCUAAUCACACCUUUAUCACACUUUCAGCUAAUAACAGCGGUAGAAGCCUCCCACUUGUGCUUUGUACCACUUUUCUCCCAUGGAAAAAAAUGUAUUCAAUUCCUUUUAUAUUGUGAAUUUGCGCAUUCUUUUGCCAAGUGCAUUUGCAUCCCUAAAACAGGCCUGCCAUGUGGACAUAAAUGUGCAAUUCCUCAGUGCUUUCAUGUAAACAAAUCUACAGUUCAUAAUCCGAUUCUCUCAAAUUAAUUUUUGGAAACAUCAAGAAGCCCUGGGUUAAUUCAAGGAAAGCAGCUGGGAAUCUCUGGCAGAUGCAAUUUAGAUUUAAUCUUAUUUAACUGAUCAACCAGGUUUUGCUUCUCUCUCUCUCUCUCUCUGUAUGCGUGUGUGGCAAGUAGUCAUGUACUGCAUGUGCAUUGUAUGUUCAUCUGUUUGCUUAUAUUCAGAAUGUAGAAAUUUUGUAACUAAUCAGUACUAUUAUGUUGUAUGAGGAAAAUAUACAUUAUCUUCCUCCUAACUACACUCUCUGUUCAUUUCUCCUGCCUCUCCUCUCUCCUUUCCUCCCUUACUCCUCCCUCUCUCCUUUUUCUCCUCUCUCUCCACUCAUCCUAUA